UUUUGAAGGUUUUCUUCCUGUCAUCUUUAGAAAGAUCUUUUUGGAGGGUUAAUUCAGACUAUAUGGAUAUUGUUUAAUGUUGGCUGUUUCUUAUUUGGCUGCAGUUGGCCUUUCUGUGUCGCUGCUCCGGGUGUGAGGCAGCUGUCCUGGAGGGAGGAGGCAGGCAGAGGGAGGAAGGAAGCGGGGAUAACGUCACGAAGACACGGAGUAAAUCUGGCUGAGCAGCGCUUAAUGGACGACCCUUGAUGCGGGCCGGAGGAAGGCAAAAACUGGACACACUUAUUAACAUUUUCUCCUAACACUAGAACAAAUAAAAUAUGCAUUCCGAAAGCGAAGAGGUGUGACGCCGCCAGGAGAAGGAGGCAGAAAGCAGCAGUAGAUUUUAAUCCUUCAUUUUUUUUUUUUUUUUUUUCCAGAGCUCCACUAAAGCGCAGAAAUGGAAAUGUGUGGAGCCCUGCUCGGUUCCUCUGCCCACUGAUCGCGACACACGGAACUUUUUUCCACAUUUAUUUAUUUUUCUUAAGGAGGAUCGACCCUGAACUGCAUCUUUAAUGCGUGUAAAAAAAACACGCAUUUCAACCCUCCACGGCAUUUCGGAGACGUCGCUCUGAGUGAUCAUUGAAGCCCAUCGGGAGAAUUAACAGUCAACAGGUUAAAACUCAGACAAUUUCCAAAAUGAGCGAGCUGGAGCAGCUUCGUCAGGAGGCCGAGCAGCUGAGGAACCAGAUAAGAGAUGCCAGGAAAGCCUGUGGAGAUUCAACCCUCACCCAGAUGGCUGCCGGUUUGGAUCCCGUCGGUCGGAUCCAGAUGCGGACAAGACGCACGCUCCGUGGCCAUCUUGCCAAGAUCUAUGCCAUGCACUGGGCUACAGACUCAAAGCUCCUGGUUAGUGCCUCCCAGGAUGGGAAACUGAUUGUCUGGGACAGCUACACCACUAACAAGAUACACGCCAUCCCCUUGCGCUCCUCCUGGGUAAUGACCUGUGCGUACGCCCCCUCGGGGAACUACGUGGCUUGCGGAGGCUUGGACAACAUCUGCUCCAUCUACUGCUUAAAAACACGCGAAGGCAACGUGAGGGUCAGCAGAGAGCUGCCGGGCCACACGGGUUACCUUUCAUGUUGCCGCUUUAUUGACGACAAUCAAAUCAUUACAAGUUCAGGAGACACAUCCUGCGCACUGUGGGACAUCGAGACGAGUCAGCAGACCACGGUCUUCUCAGGCCACUCCGGCGACGUCAUGAGCCUUUCUCUGUCACCUGACCUCCGUACCUUCAUCUCCGGAGCCUGUGACGCCUCGGCUAAGCUGUGGGACAUCAGGGACAGCAUGUGCCGGCAGACCUUCACAGGCCACGAGUCGGACAUCAACGCCAGCUGUUUCUUUCCAAACGGAAGCGCCUUCGCCACGGGUUCCGACGACGCCACCUGCAGGCUGUUCGACCUGCGCGCAGACCAGGAGCUCAGCAUCUACUGCCACGACAACAUCAUCUGUGGCAUCACCUCCGUGGCUUUCUCUCGUUCCGGCCGUCUGCUGCUGGCCGGCUACGAUGACUUCAAUUGCAACAUUUGGGACGCCAUGAAGGGAGACAGAGCAGGGGUCCUGGCUGGCCAUGACAAUCGCGUGAGCUGUCUGGGCGUGACGGACGACGGCAUGGCGGCGUGCACCGGGUCCUGGGAUAGCUUCCUAAAGAUCUGGAACUGAACCGCGCACAUCGACUGGAAACACAAGCACGUCUAGCAUCCCUGCACACACACAGUUCCUGACAUUAUGCCCUCCGUACCGAUACUCUAAGACUUAAAACAGCCAAACAGCAACAUUUUACUGUACAUAUUAUAAAACAUCGUAGGUGCGAGUUUACCCACCCACCCCCUGCACAUCCUGACCCACAAUGCUUUGAAUAGAUGACAUAAAAUAAACACACCUCUACAUACAGAGUAAGUUUUGUUCCAUUAUUGCUGCAAAAAACACUUUUUGUGAUUGGAAAUUUUGAAAAUAUAAAAAAUAAAUUUAGGAUCUAGAAAUAAAACUUUGAAAAAUGUCAAAAUCAAAAAUGGGUUUUGAGCACAACUUGGGUUUUUUUCUUUUAUGUUAUACAAGUUUUUAUCUAAAUUGUUCUUUUUCAGAUUGAAUCUUAUGAAUGGCCUUCUUUUCAAAUGAUAUUUACAGAUCCAGUCUCUUUAUAUCAAUCCCAAUAUAAAUAUUUUUGCUAACGUUCAUGCAGACAAAUAGAAAUCGGUCUUUGCUCCUCAUUCAGAGGAAAGCCCCAAAGGGAAGAGAGAAUAUGAUUCAUAAAAGACAACUGGAAAGAAUGCAGUUCAUUAAAUCCAAUCUGAAAAACAUCAAUUAAAAAAAAAUAUAAAAUUGAAAACAUUAAAUUUGAAACUUUUCCUUUCUGAUAUCAUUUUUAUUUCAUUUUAAUAAAAAAAACAUGUUCUAUGCUUUUAAUAAUAGUGGAACUAAAUUCACUCCAUACCUUCAUUUACCCACUGCUGAUUUAAAUACUCAGCAAAACCUGUUUAUAUCAAAUGUGACCAAAUACAGCUGAAACAUCAGUUGCUUGAAUGAAAAAAAAAAUGUAAAAACCUCACAGGAAUCACCUUUACCUAAAGCCUUUUAAACACAUCUGACACCUAAUUCACACAUUUCAAACGCUGCUCCUCCUGAAAGAGAAGAUCCCCCAACGGACGGUUCUGCCUUUGUUUACAGCGAACUUCAUCUUCUUUCCAUGGUCAUACGACUUCAGCACCACCGGAGGGGCGAAGGAAGGAUCUACAGCCGCUCCACUGAGGCUGCUCAGAUCCUCUGGUCAUGCUUUAUAGAUCUGUACGCCCAACAUGCUAGAUUUUAGUUGAAUUUUGUUUGUUUUUUGUUUAUUUUAUGUGUUUUAUUCAUGUUUUCCCUGUGUGCCUCAGAUACACUGAAAAUGAUAGAUAAUAACCGGGUAAUUUCAAAUGAUCUUGGAUGACAGCAGGAUAAAUGACAGCCUACAGAAAGCCAGUAUUCAAACUUUAAAUCUGUCAUUGAUUAUUUGGAAAUUACCACAGCAUAACUGUACAUAAUACUAAUAAAUAAUAGCCUCGCCUG